AUGAGUCUUUGUGGUGCUUUACUGCCCAGCGAGCAGCGAACCGACUCUGAGAGCAUCCCUCCGCCCCUGCAGACGCCCGAGGCCGCCUUUCUGCCCAGCGAGGUCCUCUCGCUCCGCAAGCUUCCCCUCGCGGGCCUGUAUGAGGUGGAGGACAGCGCUCUGCGGCGCUCUGCAAAGGCAUUGCUACUGCGUUUCUUGGAGCAGCUCUGUGUGCGCCUGCGCCCCUGGACCGAGUCCGAGCGGGAAUGGCUCUGGGGGCUGGCACGGGACCUGGUGGGAAACGAUGCUCGCUGGCUGGCCCAGUUCUUCCGCCAGGUGAACUGGGACUGCCGCGACGAGGCCAAAGUGUGCGUGGAGUUGCUGGAGCGGCACCAUGAAGCCUUACCCGGUCGGGAGGCACUGCAGAUCCUGGGGGGAUUAGGCCGCUCCGCAGAGCAAGCCGCGCUGACCUUGGGGGAGCGUCGGCUUGGCCUGGCAGCGAAGUACGCGGCCCAGCGGCUGCAGGAGCUGAGCUGCGCGGAGCUCUGUUGCUGCCUCGAGCUGCUGUUGGACGCAGGCCACGAGCUCGGCUCAGCUGGGGCCACCGGCGGCCGCCGGGCCAUCUUUGGUGCUCUACUGGAGACAGCGCGGGGGAAGACGCCCGCAGCCGCCGGCCUCUGCAACGAGCUCUUCUGGGCGCUGGAAGCACGAGUGGGGCACGCCGGUGAAGAGGACUGGGCCAGCGUGGCUUUGCAGGAGCUCCUGCAACACAUCUCGAGUGAACGGGAGCUGGGCCUUCUCAGGCAGCACACCUGGGUGCGGCAGAUGGAACGAGGGAACUACGAGAGUUGCAAAGUCGACCCCUGGGGAGAGUCGCGGAAGUUUCCUCUUGCGGUCUGGCCCCCCUACCGUUCUUGCCUGGGGGUGGAGGGCCUACCACGGAAGACGGACAGCAAAUCGGCCCCCGUCAUUGUCCGCUGCCGCUUCCACGACGAGGCGACCACAAGCCCGGCUCCGAAUCCGCGGGGGCCGAUUAGCGCCAUCCGGCCCUCCAGCAAGGAGGUCUCCGAACGGCGGAAGUCCUCCGGCGUCCUGUUGAAACGGGAUGUCGGCAUGCACCGAGAGCAACAGGUGGGACAGACGCUGCGACUCCUGGAGGUAUUGAUUUGGGAGGAUCCGGAGCUGCAGACACUCCUCAGAAAGAGCGGCCUGGUCUUCGAGGAUGUGAGGGCGACGUACACCAUCGUGAUGACUGGCCAUGGCACCGCCAUGCUCGAGUACAUCGACGGUGCUCGGACGCUCCGGGAGGUGCGUUCCGGGGGCGACUCCAGCGCCUCGGCGUUGGGCACGCGGCUGCUCUUCUCCCCAGGGGAGCGGGGCACCCUCUUCACCUUCCUGCGGCAGCACAACAACAAGCAGGAUCUCCCAAAAGCUCUGGCGCGCCUGGCCUUUACCGCGGCGGUGUCUGCCGUGCUGAGCUUCGUUGCCGGCCUGGGUGAUCGGCACCAUGAGAACUUCAUGGUUACGGUGGACGGGCGCCUCGUGCAUGUGGACUUCGGCUAUGCUCUCGGCAGAGAGCCGCUGGAUUCGGUGCUGAUCCACAUCGCGGUGCAGGGUGGCCGCCCAGCAACCACCAUCCAGUACGAGGAGCUGUAUGAGGCCCCCGUGCCCAUGCUAGGUUACUCCUGGGUCUAG